AUGAAUCUCAUUGAUAUGUUAUCAAAGGAUCCUCCAUCCUCGUUAUACAAUCCAGAACUCGAGGAAAAUAUUCAAAAUAAUGAAAUCUCCAAUGGUAUUUCUAUUAGCGAGAGUCAAGAUAACAUUAUACUUGAUAAUAACAGCAACGGCAACAUCAACAACAACAACAACAACGACAUCAACAUCAACAUCAACAACAGCAAUCCUCCUAGUAUAAUAUAUCUUCCGACACCAUUGACUGAAUUACAGAAAUCUUUUGUUGAAAUGACGUUGCAUUUGUUCAGUUCUGAAUUGUUAAAUGAAGUGCGUUCGAAAAGAUUGAAAACCAGUAUUGAUAAUUUAUUAGACUCGUCUACUACCAUAGAGGAAAGCGAUAUAAUCGUGAACCAAAACAAGAUAUCGUUGUGUUUUGAACAACUUUCAAUAAUCUGUGAUCAUCCGUCAUUAUUGAUUGAACAUUUUAUCCCCAAAAAAAUGUUAUUGCUGGAAACAAAUGAACGACAACUUAAUUUGAGUGGUAAAUUGGAAUUAUUCAAUCGUAUUAUUGAUACUUUGAUAGAACAAAAACCUCCCAAUGGAUAUAGAAUAAUUGUUGUUUCCGACAAUGUGAAAGAAUUAGAGCUAGUAGAAGGUAUUAUUGUUGGUAAAACAUUGUAUUAUAUCAACUCCACUAAUGCAAAGUUGUUUGAAAGUACACAUUUUGUACCAGAUUUAAAGGAUAAGUCUAGUGACAAAGUAUUUAUAAAUUUGCUCACUACACAACAAUUAUCUAGCAAUUAUGUGUCGGAUAAAGAUGGUGAGUGCUAUGAUUUGAUAUUUUCAUUUGAUCCAAAUUUGGAUGUUCAAACUCCUAGUAUUGAGAUCUUGCAACGUGAAAAUGGUAAUCAGUGUCCAAUACUAGUGCCAAUACCAGUUUUUACACUUGAGCACAUUGCUUUACAAUUACCUCAACCGCAGCAGGUAGACUUGAUGGAAUCCAUCGAUGCAGCUUUAAAUAAAUGGAGAGUCAAAUGUAUCAACACAUUAGUAGUAAACUUUUUCAAUUUGGAUGAAAUGAGUAACGAUUUUUUCACAGAGAAUUAUGGUCUUAAUAUGAAAGAAUUUUGGAAUAUGAUGCACAAUAAUCGCCAAGGUUUGAAUAAAUUGUUAGACAAUUAUAAUGGCCAAUUGGUAUUACUGUUCUCUGAGGAAAAAUUAAUUAAAAAACUAAAUUCCUUUUAUAAUCGAGGCGGGAAUGGAGGGUUUGAUCAAGUGAGAGAUGCAAAUUGUCAGUUGUUCAAAUCUAAAUUAGCUGAAGCGGUGUAUCAGAAAUUUAUGGAUCUAGAUGAGGGAGUUGAUGAAAUUGAGCUUAAUUUAAAUGGAAAACGGGAAUAUGAAACUGCAAGGGAAUUGCAAUAUGACGAUGAUGAAGAUUAUAUUGCGAACAAUUACAAAAAAUUUAGAAGAUUGAAUGACGAUGCUAACAUGUCAGAACGUAAAUUAGCCCGUGUGGAUACUGAUCUACUAAAACAAAAGCAAAAAUUGGUUUUUUUGAAAAAUAAGUUGGAACAUUUAGUGGAUAUCGCAGACAAGGAAAUCACUGAUGCCGAGGCAACAAGUCAAACACAAUCUCUGAAAACAUUACAGCAAGAAGUGGAAAACUUAAAGAAAGAGUUCAAUAGAAUAAAUGUGGAAUGUGAAGGCACUAGAGAAAAAUAUCAAUCUUCUUCCAGUGUUGCCCUCCAAUUAUCACAUAGAUUGACUCAAUUGAAGCAACAAAAUGAGAAAAUAGAAAGGAAACUAUUUGGACCAGGAAUGGCACAGUUACCAGAAUUGAUCAAAAAAGAUGCAUUGUUAAGCUAUGAGUUGAAACUAAAGCAUCUUGAGAAGAAAAAUGAGUUUAUGCAACAGUUUUUCCUGUCUAAGAUUGAAAUGACAUAUCAAGAACGACAACAGUUGUUAGAAAACUCUGGCUCGGGUGCCAAUAAUAGACAAAAUAAUCGUAUUAGUCGAGGUGCAACGCCUCUUUAA